UAGGCUAAAUGGCCGCACCCCCGCUGGGCCGCCUGAUGCUCACCCACCUGCUGGUGGCCCUCUUUGGCAUGGGCUCGUGGGCUGCCAUCAACGGGAUCUGGGUGGAGCUGCCUGUGGUGGUGAAAGACCUUCCGGAGGGUUGGAGUCUCCCCUCCUACUUGUCUGUGCUCGUGGCACUGGGGAACCUGGGUCUGCUGGCGGUGACCCUGUGGAGGAGGCUGGCCCCGGGCAAGGGCGAGCGGGCCCCCAUCCAGGUGGUGCAGGCGCUGAGCGUGGUGGGCACAGCCCUGCUGGCCCCCCUGUGGCCACACAUGACAGCAGUGGCAGGGCAGGUGCACUCCGUGGCCUUCCUGGCUCUGGCUUUCCUGCUGGCACUGGCUUGCUGCGCCUCUAAUGUCACCUUCCUGCCCUUCCUGAGCCGUUUGCCGCCUCCCUUUUUGCGGUCCUUUUUCCUGGGUCAGGGCCUCAGCGCCCUGUUACCCUGCGUGCUGGCCCUAGUGCAGGGUGUGGGCCGCCUCGAGUGCCCACCAGCCCCCACCAACGGCACUCCUGGGCCCCCUCUUGACUUCCCAGAGCGUUUUCCUGCCAGCAUCUUCUUUGGGGUCUUGUCCGUCCUAUUGGUCAUUUCAGCUGCCGCCUUCCAGGGUCUCCUGUUUCUGUUGCCGUCACCACCGUCUGUACCCACGGGGGGCCCAGGGCCUGGCCUGCGGGUGGGAGCCCCAGGAGUGGAGGAAGAGGAAGAGGCCUCGCCCCUGCAGGAGUCACCCAGCCAGGGGGCAGACACCACCCCCAGCCCAGAACCGGCGGCCGAUAGGCUGCUCUCCGCCCGUGGUGCCUGCCUGCUGGGCCUGCUGGCCGUCACCAACGCACUGACCAACGGCGUGUUGCCUGCUGUGCAGAGCUAUUCCUGCUUGCCUUACGGGCGCCUGGCCUACCACUUGGCUGUGGUGCUGGGCAGUGCUGCCAACCCCCUCGCCUGCUUCCUAGCCAUGGGUGUUUUAUGCAGGUCCCUGGCAGGACUGGGCGGUCUCUCUCUGCUGGGCGUGCUCUUUGGGGCCUACCUGAUGGCGCUGGCAAUCCUGAGCCCCUGCCCGCCACUCGUGGGCACCUCUGCAGGGGUGGUCUUUGUGGUGGUGUCGUGGGUUCUAUGUCUGGGCGUGUUCUCAUACGUGAAGGUGGCCGCCAGCUCCCUGCUGCAUGGAGGGGGCCAGCCGGCACUGCUGGCAGCUGGCGUGGCCAUCCAGCUGGGCUCCCUGCUCGGCGCCGUGGCUAUGUUUCCUCCCACCAGCAUCUACCAUGUCUUCCGCAGUGGAAGGGACUGUGUGGACCCCUGUGGCCCCUAAGCCUGAGCAGGGGGGUACUCCACUCCACCCCACCUGUCUUCAGGUUGGGGCUGCCUCAGUGCCUGUGUGCCCACAGCCCAAGGAAGCCCACCCCUACUCACAGAUGCCUGCACCCCUCACAGGAGAGCCUGGCACUGCAGGCCGGGGUGGGGACCAGAAAGCAAGCGUGGAGCCAGGCCCCACAGGGGUGUGGACGUUGCCCAGGCCUGGGACCUGUGGGGCGUUUGUACAAUAAAGCCUUUUU